GAUGCUGCAAUUAGCCCACGAAGGACACCCUGGAGAAACGGGAAUGAUCACACGACUGCGGGACAGAGUAUGGUGGCCCGGCAUGGACAAAGAAGCAAGGAAAACUGUAAGAGAAUGCGAAGGAUGCCGUUUAGUCAGCCGUCCCUCAGCUCCCGAGCCAAUGACCCGACGACAAAUGCCCGAUGAACCAUGGAUCGAUGUCGCAAUGGAUUUCCUGGGUCCACUUCCAUCUGGCAACUACUUGCUAGUGAUUGUGGACUAUUUCAGUCGUUACAAAGAGGUAUGUAUCAUGCGUAAAAUCACCUCGGAGGAUACUAUCAAGAACAUAGAACCCAUAUUUGUGCGGCUGGGCUAUCCACGAACGUUAACGUUGGACAACGGAAGGCAAUUCAUCAGUUCUGAAUUUGACAAUUACUGUCGUGCCAGAAAUAUACAGCUAAAUCACACCGCACCGUACUGGCCUCAGGCGAACGGUGAAGUAGAGCGACAGAAUAGCUCGCUGUUAAAGCGCCUCAAAAUUAGUCAUGCUUUAAAUCGUGAUUGGAAAACCGAUCUCCUCGAUUACCUCAUGAUGUACAACACCACGCCACAUUGUACGACGGGAAAGACGCCAACCGAACUUCUGAAAGGAAAAACUAUUCGAUCAAAAAUUCCUUCAAUAAGCGACAUUGAAACAAUGUCAAACAUACACGGAGAAGCGCAAGACAGAGACACAGUAAGGAAGCACCAAGGAAAAAUCUAUGAAGAUCGAAGACGCCAUGCUCGGUCAUCAGAAAUCAAAGAAGGAGAUUGUGUAUUACUACAAAACCUCCUCUCAAGUCAUAAACUGUCGACAACCUUCAAUCCAGUGGAAUAUACUGUAACAGAGAGAAGAGGUAAUCGUAUCAAGGCCAUCUAGGUGUAUAACAAAACCGUCGUGGCAAAAGGACUAUAUCACACAAAUUACGACGGACAAAUCCCCGUAAAGAAAGGGAGAUGUGGUAGUAGGCUACGAUAGAGUUUAGUUUUAAGAUUCGGGCUGUCAAGUAAAGACGUUCCCAUAGAUUGUACCCAGUUAUCCUAAGUUAUAGAAA